AUGAAUCGGCUUGUCAAAUCCCAGCUUAUUGUCUUUAUUUUGAGUUUUUUAUGCAAUCUAUCAAGGCAUGCUGUGCUUGAGAGCUGAAUUAUGGCGAAACCAGAAGUAAAUCAGACUUUGGGAUUUUCCUCUACUUGAUUAGGAAGUUUUGAUAUGGUCUUUCUGAUGUGCUAUGCAGCAGGAAAUUUUAUUAGUGGAAUACUAGGAGAUUCAUAUCCUGUUGUCAUGGUAGUUUCAAUAUCAAUGCUAUCGGCUGGUGGUGUAUUUUUGAUUGUAAGUUCUAACUCCCCCUCCGUGAGUGAACAAAAUGUUUUUAAUAGAAAAAUUUUUUUUAUUGGAAAACAUGUUAAUAUAUAAGCGAUAAUUAUUAUAAUGAAAUCUGUGUAAUUUAAACAAAUCGCGUUUUUAAAAACAUAAUUUUACAAAUUAAAUUAAUAUUUGCUUUCUAAUUUUUACGAAUUAGGAAUUUUUUUCUAUAAAUUUUUAAAAAAAAAAAUUAAACCCCCUUUGUGAGCGAACAAGAUGCUUUUGUUCCCCACGGAGGGGCGAGAAUAAGCAGAUUAUUUUACUAGCACUAUUAAAUGUUACUCAUCCAGGAGCUUAUAUUGGCUUCUUCGGAUUUUUAGGAUUCUUUUUCUCUGCUGUAUGGCCGGGUACUGUAGCAAUUAUGGGGACUUGGUUUUCUAAAGGUUCUCGUGGAAAAAUAUUGGGAUUGUGAAGUGCAAAUACUGUAGUUGGAAAUAUCGUAGGAUCUCAAGUGGCAGCAGGACUGUAUGCUGAAGGGGUAAGCUGGGAGUAUGUAACAGUUCUAAUGGUAUCUUUACUUGUAUUGGUAGCUGUUGCAUUUUGGGCCACUGUGGAUGACAAAGUCGAUUCUGCGUUGAUUACAGCACCUGGAAUUAGCCCCAGAGAAAUCCAAGCAAUACCUGAAAGAAGAAGAAUUCCAAUUAGGCAAGCUUGUAUGAUACCUGGGGUGAUUUUUUACUCAUUGACUUAUUCAGGAAUCAAAAUGAUGAACUAUGGAUUAAUGAUGUGGUUGCCUUAUUUCUUAGCCUGUGGUAAUUUUUUUCUAUUAAUUUUUUAAAAAAUAUAUACAUAUUAUUUAUUUUUUGAAAAUACUGAAAAAUAAAAAAAAAUUAAAAAUAAAUUCAAUAUCAAGCAAGAAAUCGGUUAAAAGAAUGAAAAUUUGUUAAUUUUAAUAGUUAACUCAAAAAAUGUGUGAUCUUUUUUAUUGCUAUUAAGCAGAAAUUAGAAAAAAAAAAAUUGGAGUAAAAGGUGAGAAAAUGGGCCUGAUGGUGGGCUCUUAUGAUCUCGGAGGAACAAUAGGGACUAUUAUAUUAGGCUGGCUUACUCCCCUUUUAAAUUUGAACCAAAAUUUUUGUUCUAUUUAAAAAAGGGUUAAUUUUUUAACAAAAAACUAUAUAGAAUUUAUCUGUUUUAAUUCUUAAUUUUGUCUGAAUGUUUUUUACACUUUCCUAUUAAAAUAAAAAAAUUUUUAAUCUUGCAAUAUUAAUAUUAGUAUUAAAGGUAUUUACAUAGAAAUUAUUAAUUUUAGCCAUAAAAUAAUAAGAUUUUUGUUCUAAUUAAAGAUAAUUAUUCUACAAAUUUUUACCGAUAUUUCAUCCCUAUUAAAGGGGGUUAGUGACAAAACAAAAGAUAGAAUUUUAGUUACCACCCCUGUAAUAGUUCUUACAAUUCCACUAUUAUUUUGUUUAAAACUCGGCACUUCUGACACAUUGUGGUAUUUUUUUAUAUUAAUACCACUGCUCGGUGCAGCCUUAGGAGGACUCACAUGUUUUAUUUCUUCAGUUGUAGCAGCUGAUUUAGGCCAAGCCAAAGCAAAUGCUAACAAAGAAGAAGCCAAGGCAACAAUCGCUGGCAUCGUAGAUGGCUCAGGAGGUAUCGGAGCUAGUUUAGGUCAAUUUAUUGUAAAUUUCAUAUAAGGACCCCCCUCCCCCUCAUUUGUCCAAUUUUCUAGUCUUUUAUCAUUUGUCCAUUUUUCUAGUUUUUUUAUAGGAAAAAAAAUUUUUUUAGGACCUCAUUUGUCCAAUUUUCUAGUCAAAAUUUUGAUAGAGAAAAAAAAUUUCAGGACCUCAAUUGUCUCAUUUUCUAGUUUUUUUUAAAGUAAAAAACUAGAAUUUAGGGCAUUCGAAAAAAUGCAAAAAAGACUAGAAAAUUGGACAAAUCAUUUUUGACUAGAUUUUGGGACAAAUGAGGUCCUGAAAAAAAAAAAAUUUUAUAAAAAAAAGACUAGAAAAUUCGACAAAUUAGGGGGGGUCCUUAGAUCGGAGCAUUACAAGAGUACAGUUGGGACGCUGUUUUUAAUUUUAUGAUCAUGGUAUGCAUUUUUUCGAUUUUAUGGACCGUUCCUAUCAUGCAAUCAUAUUAUAAAAGAUCAAAAAAUGAGUAUGAAGAAGAGGAAGGAGGUGAUGGAAAAUAUGUAAAACAACGGACAGAUAUAGAAAAUAACAAUAAUAAAAUAUAAUUAUUUGGAUAAGUUUUGGCUUUGCAGAAAAUAUAUUGAAUAGAAAUAUCGGAAAAAUCUUAAAAUAAAAAUUAACUUUGCUUUGUAUAAUAUAG